AUGACAGCCAAGUCGCCAUGUUUAGAUAUAUUGCCAUUUCUAUUUAGGGAAGAACAAAUAAGUAACAGGAUUCAAAAUUUUCCAACUGAAACUAUGAAAAAAGCAUAUUUAGAAUUGAAAGGAUAUUUUGAACAAUAUAAAAUUUAUGCAGAGAAAUUAAUUAAUUUUAGUGGUUCUAUGAAUGAUGAAAAUCAAAGAAAAGAAAAACUUAUGAUAAAAUUAAGAUGUGAAUAUUAUGCUGUUAUAUUUUCUCAAGCAUCAAAACUUCUACACGAAUAUAUUAAUUUUAGAAAUAGACUAAUAUUAGAAUUAGCUAUAAAUGUAAAUGGUCUUAUUAAUUCAAUUCACCCAAAUAUAAUACAAAGACUUAACGAGGAUGAACAGAAGGAACUAGAAAAAUAUUGUGAAAAUAUAAGAAGCGAAAGAACUAAAUCGAAGUUACAAAAUAAGUUUAUUGUUUGUUUUUUGAAUGAUUUAAUUAUAGAAGAUUUAAAUUAUGAAGAUAUUAAGAAAGAAAAAAUGCCACGAAAUGUUUUUUAUUCUGCUGGAUUAAAAGUAAGUGUUUUUGAAGAUAAAGCAUUUGACUUGCAAAAAUGCGAAUGGGCUAAAAUUUUAAAAGAUUAA